GGGUCUUGUCUGUCCGAGAGGGAGGCGCUUGACGCCGGUAGAGGCUGUGGGAGAAAAGAGCGACGAACCGGGUAGAAGCCCUAAAAACCAACUGACGUUAUACUCUUUAGACCGCUCGGUUUCCCACGCGGCCGCCUGGAGUCGUUAAAGGUCUCUUCCUCUCCGCGUCUCGUGAUCUGUGUGAGUGAGUGAGUGCGUGUGUGUGUGUGUGUGUGAGAGAGAGUGUGUGUGUGUGUGUGUGUGUGUGUUGGGACAGCCGCUGUAUUCUCUGUGUUCUCUCUCAGCGGUCAGUCAUGGGGGACAUGAGUGAUCUGGACAGACAGAUCGAUCAGCUGAGGAGGUGUGAGCUCAUCAAGGAGAACGAGGUCAAAGCCCUGUGUGCCAAAGCCAGAGAGAUUCUUGUAGAAGAGAGUAACGUGCAGAGAGUGGACUCUCCGGUGACGGUGUGUGGUGACAUCCAUGGCCAGUUUUAUGACUUGAAGGAGUUGUUUAGGGUGGGAGGCGACGUCCCAGAAACAAACUACCUCUUCAUGGGAGAUUUUGUGGACCGAGGCUUUUACAGCGUCGAGACCUUUCUGUUACUUCUUGCCCUGAAGGUGCGUUAUCCAGACAGAAUCACGCUGAUCCGGGGGAACCACGAGUCCAGGCAGAUCACGCAGGUUUACGGCUUCUACGACGAGUGUUUGAGGAAGUACGGCUCGGUGACGGUGUGGAGGUACUGCACGGAGAUCUUCGACUACCUGUCGCUCUCGGCCAUCAUCGACGGCAAGAUCUUCUGCGUUCACGGCGGCCUGUCGCCCUCCAUCCAGACCCUGGACCAGAUCAGAACCAUCGACAGGAAACAGGAAGUGCCUCACGACGGGCCUAUGUGUGACCUGCUGUGGUCAGAUCCUGAAGACACCACGGGCUGGGGCGUGAGUCCUCGAGGAGCUGGGUAUCUGUUCGGGAGUGACGUCGUGGCUCAGUUCAACGCCGCUAACGACAUUGACAUGAUCUGCAGAGCGCACCAGCUCGUGAUGGAGGGGUACAAGUGGCACUUCAACGAGACGGUUCUCACGGUGUGGUCCGCUCCUAACUACUGCUACAGGUGUGGUAAUGUGGCGGCCAUCUUGGAGCUGGACGAGCACCUGCAGAAGGAGUUCAUCAUAUUCGAAGCUGCUCCACAAGAAACGAGAGGCAUUCCCUCCAAAAAGCCAGUCGCUGACUACUUCCUGUGAGCGAGUCCGGACACCAGCUCUCAACAGGAAGUGCUGCCCUGUGUGUUCUUGUGUUUCUGUUUCCCUCUCCCUGCCCAACUGUCUUAAUUGUGCUUUUUUUCUCUGUAAUAUUCCUUUCUUCUUUUCUAUUUUCCAUUGACUUUCACAUUCUCUCUCUGCCAUCAAGACACACAAUGGCAUUAUAUAGUAUGCUGUAGAUGCCGUGAGUGAAGAGCGGCUUUCAGCUCCUUUCUGCUGAUCCUCAGAAAGAUGCAGGUUGUCGGACAUUUUUCUUUUCUUUUUUUGCUUCACGUUCUCUUCUCAUGUAAAUUGUAAAUGCGUAGGAGAAUGGACAUGCUUCGAUUCUAGUUUAUGGUCAUCAUAGUUUGACAGUUUUGUGCAGGACGCUAACACACACACACACACACGGACACUGGAGAACACACACCACACACAACCUGCUUUCCCUCUCGACUGUUCUCUCGAUAGGACUUAUUGUUGAUUUUUAUUUUUAAUUUGUGAAAAUAAAAUGUACUUUUGUAUGAAUUUAA